CGAGGCUGUUGCAUAGCAAGACAUUCACGUUUUUGAAGUCAUUUCAGCUUUGCGAUCGAGUUCAGCGCUGAGAAUGCGGCUGUUUGUUGCGAGCGGCGUCUUUGUGCUCCUGGCACUGAGUGUUCCAGGCAUCGUCUCUAAACUUGAAGACAAUAUCACUCAAUGCGGUGACUUCUUCUUUGAUGAAAAGCCUCCAGUUAUUCCUGGGAUUCUGGAGGAUUCAGUUGCACAGAAUAAUCAUUACAAAAUAAUCUGUCAAAAAUAUAAGAAUAAGAUCAGAUUUGCAACGCUUUAUGACACUACAAACAAGAUUCCUGUUUUCUCUGCUUACAAAUACACCGGGACAACGGAGUUCAGAAGACCACAGAUGCCUUGGAUGAUUGAGCCACAGCUUGACCCUUCAGGUGGUGAAAUGCACGAGCCGUUCGUCAAACAAACUAGAAAUCAAGACUACUGGAUAGAUCAUUCCGAUACCUGUACCCCAGAUGCCUUGUUUUCUGUGAAUCACACAGCUGAUAGAGAAACUGCUGAAUCUACAUUUACACUGACCAACAGUGUGCCACAGAAAAAAGGCUUCAGGGAUGGAAUUUGGAAUUUUGUGGAAAAUGAAACUAAGAAAUACAUGGACAGUAACUGUACUGAUCAUCAAAACAACACUGUUGCUUAUGUGCUCACAGGAGCUGUACCUGGUAAUGGAAAGGUGAAUAAAAGAGUGAACAUACCAUCACAUGUGUGGAUGGCAUUUUGCUGCUAUAACAGUACAUCAUGGAAUACAUGGUCUUACAAGGCCGAAAACAAACGUCAUAAUGCUGUUACCACCAUUCGCCUCAAGAGCCUGGAGGAAUUACAGAACUUCCUGACUGAAAAAUUCAAGAAAAACAUUACGCUGUUUAACAACAACUGUGGGUAAAUCUAACAAAGUGCCCUCAUUCAGAUCAGUGUUGAUAAGAGCAGAUGUCAGAGGAAGUAGAAUAACUAUAAAUGAACAUUUACUCUGUUUAAAGGAUUACGUUUAUAAGCAAUUUUGCGAACAAUUAUAGAGCUUUUCUAGAAGAACUAUUAAAUGCAAAUGUUUAUUAGAAAAUGUUAAAAAAGUGUGUAA